AUUGAUAGAUAAGAAUAAAAGACUUGAAUGAACGUCAAACUAAUCACCGUCAAUCAAAAUCAAUCAAACUUUAUUGAAUUGAAAUCCGCAAUAUCCCAAAUCGGCAUACAAUUGGGAAGAUAAACUGUGACAGAAAAUACUUUGAACAUAACCUAUAAAUCAGAAUAAAGAACCUAAAACUAUGGACGGAGACUACGAUAAGAAAAUAUUAGAAUUGAAAAGUAAAAUCAAGAGCUACCCUGACUUUCCUAAACCAGGAAUUUUAUUUUGGGACAUAUUCUCAGCAAUCUCCGACGGGCCCACAUCCAAGUUACUGCAGAGUCUACUAGUACAAACUAUUAAGGCCAAGUUCCCAGAUGUCGAGGCUGUGAUAGGCUUGGAGUCCCGAGGGUUUCUCUUCUCGUUCUCCGUAGCUGCAGAGCUGAGCAUCGGCUGUUUACCUGUGAGGAAGAAGGGGAAACUACCUGGGGAGGUCGUGUCUUAUAAGUACGAGUUGGAGUAUGGUACGGACAUACUAGAAAUCCAAAAAGGCACAAUUCGGAAAGGCCUCAAAUGCCUCAUUAUAGAUGACUUGAUAGCUACUGGUGGUUCUAUAACAGCCGCCACGAAGUUGCUUCAGUCUUGCGGUGCUGAUGUCAUCGGCUGUCUCGCUGUCAUCGAGCUGACUUCACUCAAGGGCCGCCAGAACAUUCCAGAAGGGAUACCGGUACAUUCCUUGAUACAAUACGAGUAGGUAGAUGAUUUUGUGUAGGCGCAAGGGACAAUGUUCUGCUGUCUAAGUACCGACAAACAUAAACGACAUUUUUCUUAAAACGACUGGUUACUACUUAUGCAUUUUAAUGUUCAAUUUUGAAAAUAAAUAGUUGUUUAAAAAAAAGCGGACAUUUUAUGAUGUCGGUGAUUUUAGGCCUAAGAAGCUUUUAAGGCUCAGUGUAAUUGAGAUUUUUGCGUUAAUUUUGAUACAGAUUAUUGCAAGAAUUAAUUAUAGGCACUACUUGAACUUUUUGAAGAUAUUUAGCAACACAUCCUACACUUCAGUUUAAUAUUUUAUGUACAAAUUCAUUGUAUUUUGAUGUCUUUUUGACACAGAGCCUUUUGAAAUAUACCUUUGCGCCGAUAUUUUAGAUAAAUCUGAGUUCAGGUA